GAUUUUGGCGCUCGCGGUGGGGGUGCAAUGUUGAAAUAUGGGCAGGGGCUGGGAUGGCCGGUGUUCCAUCUGAGGCAUAUAUUAGCCUUUUGACCGUUCAAAGCCGGCCGAUGAAGGUCCUCCUGGGUUGGCCAGAGAGCCUGGCGGGCAGGUUGGGUCCAAGGACUUGGCGAUGGGCCAAGCAAAUGACGGUGGUGGGCGGGCGUUUCACCAGGCACCGGGCGCUCCUGGUUGGUGCAAACACCGGCAACUGACGUUUUGCCACGAGCCAAACAAGCCGCUGUUCAACCCACGCAAGCACCACGAUCGCGAUUGCCCGUGGUUCGCAGAGGGCCUCUUCCACUCCCAAGGAAAGCAGCUGCCGAACAACCGGCAAGAGGCGAUAUGGAGGGGCUGCUUCCCGAUUAGGGAGGAUGGCGGGGCAGGAAGAAAAAAAAAAAAAAAAAAGGAAAAAAAGAAACGCCGAGAGAGGAAAAGUGUGCACGCUGAGCGGAAGGAGCCGCUGUCGAUGGAGCCCAGCAGGAAGGCGCGGCGCGAAAGUCACGCCUGCCAUGGGCGGGAGGUGAGGAAACCUUCCCUGGGAAGGAGUGUCAUUGGCUGCUUCCCCCUGGUCGCAGUCGCAAAAACCUCCUUUUGGGGAAAGUGUUUCAAACGACCUCCCUCUUCAUCUGGCGGCAUCUUCCUCCACCAACCUCACCUCCUCUUCUUCUUCUUCUUCUUCUUCUCCCUCUUCGCCCUUUUGCCGCUGUCGCUGUCUCUCUUUUUACCUUCUCUUCUCUAGUCCCUCUUUGACGGCCGUAUCCUUCGUCUCGAAGCAGGCUUUGUCUCUCCUUUUCACUAUCUCUUCGAGCUGCCUUGGUGGUUCUCACAGGGUUCCUCACCUUUGAUCCAUUCCUUUGAACUGCGCUCGCGCGCACAACCCACCCCUUUGCACAUUCAUCCUAUCAACAUAUCACUUGCAGCAGGACUGAACAGCUCUUCUCAAGCUGGACUUUGCUUUUGUCCUUCUUUUUUCUGAUCUGAUCCCCGGUGUCAGUGUUGUGUUGAAGCACGCCCUGGCCCAGCAAACAGCCUUGCUGGUGGUGUUUGCGGUUUCUCCCUAUCCUCGCUAUCGCUAUAUCAAAUUCAACCGCUGCUAGCACAUAGAUAUCCUGAUUUGACAAGGCACAAGCUGUUCACGUGCUCUCCUGUCCGGUCACCUAGGAGAGUCGCGUUGCUGCUCCUCUGCUGUCAGCUCAACCUCCACCACCUUCUCUCACUUUGCUCGCCCUCUCUCACGCACUCUCUCCCUCCUUUCCUCUCCUACCUUUUUGUAGGCUAAAAUCCAGCAAUUCAACUGUGAAUCCAGAUUCCUUCAGCUUACUGUCUACAAGUGAAUCUGAACUUUAGUCAACAUGCAGCUUAACGCCCUGAAUUUGGCUGCUGCGGCGGCUGCGCUGAGCUCUCUCGCGGUCCCUGCCACUGCAUUCUGGCGUCUCCCUUGCCGUGGAGUUUCAGGUGUGGGAAGAAUUGACCCUAUUGUUGACCCAGGCAUCCCUUCUCCUCAUGUGCACUCUGUUCAUGGUGGUAAAAACUUUGCCAUGACUGUUACUAGUGAAGAGUUGUUAGCUUCCGAGUGUACUUCGUGCGCCGUUGUUCAGGAUAAAUCGGCGUAUUGGACUCCCAGCCUCUACUUCAUCCACGCCAAUGGAGAAGCUGAGCUGGUUAAGCAAGUGGGAGGCAUGCUAGUCUAUUACCUACCCCGCGGUGAAAACGUGGAAGCAUUCCCUCGAGGGUUUCGUAUGGUAGCUGGCGAUACGUACCAGCGCAAUUUUACUCUCCCCGUUCCGGAUCCUCCAAAGUCUACCUGGUCCAAGGAUGAUAAGACACAGUUUGCUCUCUCCCAAAAAGCACUCGGAUUCAACUGCCUGAACUACAACGCGGACGCUGAGCCAGCUUUGAUGCGGCAUUCAUUCCCAGAGAGAACUCUGCUCGAUUCGCAAUGUACCCACGGUGUUCGUAUGGAACUUGUCUUCCCUUCCUGCUGGAACGGAAAAGACCUCGACUCUCCUGACCACAGGUCCCACGUCGCUUACCCCGAUUUGGUUGACGGUGGUUCUUGUCCUGAGGGUCAUGAACGUCGCCUCGUGACUCUUUUCUAUGAGACUAUCUGGGAUACCUAUGCAUUCAAAGGCAAAGAAGGUGAAUUUGUGGUUUCAAAUGGUGAUCCAACAGGGUAUGGAUAUCAUGGUGAUUUCAUUGAAGCAUGGGAAGGGGACGUGCUUGAACGUGCCAUUAAGCAGUGCACAAAUCCUUCUGGAAAAGUCGAAGACUGUCCUGUGUUCAAACUUCAGGAAGAACACGAACAAAAGAAAUGCAAGUUUUCUCAGCCCGCAGCAUUGGUCGAUGAACUUGUUGAAUUGAACCCAGAAGGACUGCCUGGUAAAGUCCCUGUCAUGAGAGGACCAGAGUAUGCUAAGCACCUAAUGCCUCACCCUCCUGCAUCCAAACCAAGUCCCCCCAAGAUUAAACUCCCUGUGCCUGAGACACCAGUCAUGCCAACAUCGAAGGCAACAAUGGCUCCUCAGCCCUCCGAGACAGAACCUCCAGCUCCCCCCGUCGACAAACCAGCCCCUGAGAUUCCAUACACAACAUCUUACUCAACACAAGGCACAACGGUCUAUGAGAUCGUCGUCAUCAGAAAGACAGUCACAAAAACAGUUGAGCUUACUGCGCCAACACCACAUGCAAAGCGACAUGAGAGCAGCAAUGUUAAGGGAAGACUUCGUCGUCAUCGCUAUGCCCGGCGUCACUAGACCUAUGGCCAUCAAUGAUCGACAACUCUAGGGGAAGAUUAGGCUGCUUUUCCAUUCUUGAUCUUAUGCCCAUUCAGGGUUUAUUGUUUGCAUGCUGCCUAUCCUAUCUGAUACCCUUUAGUAUCCAGAUCAUCUAAGCAGAAAUGAGGCAAUUCUGUUCAUGUUUAUUAUUUCUGAGAUCGCUUCUUUACGUGUAUUUUAAAGGAAUAAGGCAUAAGGAG